ACCAUUCCAAUGCAAGGCUGAAUAGAGAGGUAAGAGCUAUCAGCUGAUGUCACGAUGUGGGUCAUAUAGUACAGCAAUAUGAUCCGGGCCAACAUCGUGACAGGUCUGGAGGAUACUAGCAUGUCAUUCAAGAGCUUAGCGCAACCAUUUUUUUCUUUUCUUUUUUUUUUCACAAUUAAGUGAAAUUGUGCAAACAAUGAACUCUAGCUGCUAGUACCCAAUUUUGAGCAUUGACUUUCUACUUGACAUUUUCAAUGGAAAACUAGGAAAACCCACGAUAGCGAUGGAAAUGCAGCAUGAGAGGAUCUUCGCUACACCACACAGUGCAAUAGAGGCGGGGUAAGAAACUGGAAAUUCGAAAAUGUUCAACUUCAAGAUGCCUUUGGGCUAAAGCGAUGAAUCAGGGUGGUGGUAGGUAUUAUAAAAAUGAACGUGUGAAGUGGAAGUAAACCAGUUACGUUGGUGCCUUCAAACUGACUCCAUCGUCGGCAACAUAUUGCAUCGGCGAAAUAUUGCAUAUUCGGCUGUCAAUCAUGCGGGACUACGAUGUCACGCUGCUGUUUGCUUUUGCCAUUUUGAUGGCUACAUCGGCGGGUACCGAUGGGUUUGUCCUCAUCUGGACACUAGACUACACAACCCCUACGCCCUACUACACCACCUCGUAUGCUGCUCCCUCUUACAGCACCAAGGCUCUCGAAUAUUAUACCACAUAUGCAGCUCCCAGCUACUACACCGAGUCUCCCAACUACUUAGUCUACUACACGACCAGAACGCCCAAAUACUACACGACCAUAUACUCCGCUCCAACAUACUACACUCAAGCCAUUAAAUACUAUGCUGCUCAAAGGUAUUGUACACCAUUUCUUCGGCAUCGGUAAGAGUUGUGCAAUGCAGUUCUGACAGGAUAAGUGUGCACACCUAAAAUUUAACUCAUUUCCAGAAAGUAUUGGUUUCCAUUUCCAAAAAUUGCCAAAUUUCUA